AUGAUGAUAGACUCGCUGAUUGAGAACAUCGUUGCCAGUGGCACGUACGAUGAUGAUUUUCUCCGUAGAAUUGUUCUGGUUCUUCUAGGCACGGUUCUUGCACCGCAGUCCACGAAAGAAGUUCCUAAUGCUUAUUACAAGUUAGUGCACGAUGUGGAGGCCAUCAAAGCAUUUAAUUGGAACGCGUUUACUUUACGCUACUUGUUUUGGGAGAAAGUGCAGCCACUGGAUGAUGAGGCAUUUGAUCCAUUGGCUCAUGAAUAUCUGUUGAUGCUUAAUUGGUCAGAAGAUGAGGCUAAGAAGCAUGACGCGUACGACACGUCAUACGGCCGUGGUAAUGGGACGAUUGAUGACGUGAUAAGUGAGAAGUACAGGCAUACAUUAAUUGCUCAGCAAGGAAGAAAGGCGGAGGAAGAAUUAGAGCAAGAAAUAGAGCAAGAAGAUCGUGCCCAAAAAAAGAAAGAUAAUAGAGAUGAGGCUUCAUCGAGCAGGGAUAGUACAUUAGAUCAAGUGAUGAAAUGCAUCAAAGAUAUGCAAAAAGAAAUUAGACUUCUCCCUCAAAAAUGUGCGGAGAUAGUAGUGGAGAAGCUGGAGAAGAAAGGUCUUGUAUUCAAGCCAAACAAGGGGUCUGAUGAUGACAUUGAGUUUGUGGAGCAUAGUGAAGACUGGGUGGGGAAGUAUGGUCCAUCAAAAUACAAAUCAUCAAAAUAUUGGACAGAUGUAAAAUCAACUCCUGCAAAAGAAGAUAUGGACAACAGGGUGGACACAUCCUUCACCACUGGGAACGGGAAUAAAUUGGCGCGUGAGAAAGGUGUGCAUCACAACACACCUGGUACAGGAGAUGAAGGAGACCCCUUCGUUAUUGAGGACAAUGGUAAUUCACCCAACCCAUCUCUUGCGACGGUAGACACGAAUGACUUUCCGGCUAUUACUUCAACCCCCAAGAAUAUGAAUGAAGUGUCAGACGGGUCUAGCGCCGAUAAAUCUGAGGAGAUUAGUAUGGAUAGUCUGAACACCCGUAUUAAAAAUGCGAAAGAAAAUGGCACUCCGGAGAAUGAUGGGAAGGAGAAUGAUGGGAAACGCAAGAGGAAACAGUCAAAAUAUUGUCUUUCACCUUACCAGCAGAACGGUGGACGUAAACGUGCAAAGAAAAGUCUGUUUGGUAUAAGAGCUGCUAUGAUUAAUACUGAUUACAUUAAUGAGGAUCACAUAGAGGCCGCGAAGGUUUAUAUCCGAACACUGGCAGACUCAGAGAAGCUUUGCAGCAAAACUGUCGUGCACAUGACGGGAAUUGGUGGGGAAACAUGUACACCUGAAAUGCUUGAAGCCAUCAUUUCAAAAAAGUGGUUGCAUGGCAGUGUCAUCAAUAGUUAUUGCAACCAUAUGCAGACCCAUAAUCCUCGUGCUGACCGUCACAUAUUAUCAUCUUGGGUGUCCCACUGGCUUAUUCUUCGUGCUGAUGGAAAGGUUAACAACUCUAAGAGGCAUUUUAUGGAUCACUUCACAAACCAAACUAAAAUGGUGUCUAGAGUUAGUGAAGAGUAUUUCAUCAAAGAUAAGGCAUACUUUCCUUUUCAUGUGGAAGAAAAUCAUUGGAUAACAGUUCUUAUGCACAACAAGAAAAAAGAGUUUCAAGUUUUAAACUCUACUGGUAAAUGCAGCAAAAGAGUUCUUGCAAAGAUUGCUAAGCUGAGGGCAGAAAUAGCAAAUGAUACAAAGGAGGUGAAUGCUCUUAUUGAAACGGAACAUCCUGACGUAUCAUCCUGGCCAAUAAGGGAGUACGAUAUGCCGUCACAAACAGACGGAGUCUCUUGUGGUAUUUUCGUGGUGAAAUGCGUUCAAAACUGGGACAGAGAUGAUUGGACAUUUGAGUUCGAUCAAGAUGAGGUUAAUGCUUCAAGGGGACGCAUUCUAGCUGAAAUACUUUUUUCAAAAUGCAACACGAAGGAAGUAGUGAAAGAGAAGAUCCUCAAGAUCAUGGAGAAGAAAUGA